AUGCUGCUGCCGCUGGCCUGGGGCUCGCUCUUCUUCCCGGGGCUCUUCGGGGUCUGCACCUGGGGGCUGCGGCGCGCGCGGCCCGCCUGGACCCACCACGACUGCGUGAUGGUCAGCACCAGGCUGGUUUCUUCAGUGCAGGCUGUGUUGGCCACCGGGUCUGGGAUCAUCGUCAUCCGCUCCUGCAGCGACGUGAUCACCGACAGGCACUGGCUUGCCCGAGAGUAUGUCUGGUUUUUGAUUCCCUACAUGAUCUAUGACACCUACGCCAUGUACCUCUGUGAAUGGUAUCGAGCCGGGGACCAGAGCAGCAGACAUUCCCUCACCAUUUUUCGAAACUUCCUAAGCAAAAACCGCCUCAUGAUCACACACCAUGUGUUCAUUCUGCUUGUCCUUGUGCCCAUUGCCCAGAAGCUCAGGGGAGAGCUUGGAGACUUCUUUGUUGGCUGCAUCUUCACAGCAGAACUGAGCACUCCAUUUGUAUCGCUGGGCAGAAUUCUGAUCCAGCUAAAGCAGCAGCACACGCUGCUGUACAAGGUGAACGGAAUCCUCACGCUGACCACUUUCUUCUUGUGUCGGAUCCUCCUCUUCCCUUUCAUGUACUGGUCCUACGGCCGGCAGCAGGGACUGAGCCUGCUCCGAGUGCCCUUCCACAUUCCUUUCCACUGCAAUGUGGCCAAUGCCUUCCUCAUCGCGCCACAGAUCUACUGGUUCUCUCUGCUGUGCAAAAAGGCAGCCCGGCUCUUUGAUGUUCCUCCAGCCAAAAAGGACAGUUGAUGGCUCCCAUGAGUCAGGCAGUGAGGCUGCCUACUCGGUAUUCCCUGGACCAAAUGGCAAAUUGUGUCUUGGGUGGCCUCAGCUUUUUGGGUAUUGUUCAGCAGAUGGAUUUGAGUUUUUCUAAAGGAUAUUCACUAUCACCUCCCUCUUCUAACCUGCCCCUUUUGCAAAAGCACUUUUUCCCUU